CCAAGGCUUGGAGGGAAACUGAAGGUUUGUUGAUGCCUUUGACGCCACCCUUGUGUUUUUGUUGUAACAAGUGGAAAACAUGGUGCAAACGUGUUGUGUUAUCAACUGCCACAAUCGUUCACGCGAUCGCUUCGGGAAUAAAAAGGAUGGGGGGAGAUUUUUCUCAUUUCCGACGUGGAAGCAAAGCCAAGGAGCUGUGAUCUGUGAGCUAACAAAGAGACGCCGAAUGGCCUGGAUAGCAGCCGUGAGACGACCAAACAUCACUUUCAACGCCAUCACCCGACACAUGUUGGUGUGUUCACGGCAUUUUCACACUGGGAGACCUGCUAAUGAAAUGGAUGAAAGCCAUCCAGACUGGGCACCCUCAUUACAUCUCGGACACACGGAGGUGAAAGCUGCAGAUAACGAGAGACUACAGAUAACAUUGCACGAGGAGGAACUUUCUCCAACAAGACAGGAGAACGAGCGACUACGACAACAACUGGAAGAUGUUUGCAAGACUCAAGUUGUGCUGCACGUUGAAGACACCCAGCAACUGAUUGAUCGUCAAGAAGAAUGUCCACCUCAGCCACAGUGGGGGCAACAUCCUAUGAAAGAGGAAGAGGAGGAGCCACAGCCAACCUUUGUUAAAAAGCAAGAGGACAAUCUCUCGAUCGCUCAGGUGGGAGAGCAUCUUCUAGGGCCAGAUGAGGCUAAUCUCGCCAGAUUGCCACUGACUGGUGUCUCUGUGAAGACCCAAGACCAUGAAGACAAACCACCUGAGUCCUCACAGCUUCAUCAUCAUCCAAGAUCACAAGCAGACAACCUCUUAGCUCCACUGUCAGAUAGUGACGACACAACGUCACACUCUCCUGAAGAUGAAGACAGGGACUACAACCAGGAAUCUUUGAGCAGCGACUGUGAAGGGAGACCUGCUAAUGAAAUGGAUGAAAGCCAUCCAGACUGGGCACCCUCAUUACAUCUCGGACACACGGAGGUGAAAGCUGCAGAUAACGAGAGACUACAGAUAACAUUGCACGAGGAGGAACUUUCUCCAACAAGAGAGGAGAACGAGCGACUACGACAACAACUGGAAGAUGUUUGCAAGACUCAAGUUGUGCUGCACGUUGAAGACACCAAGCAGCUGAUUGAUCGUCAAGAAGAAUGCCCCCCUCAGCCACAGUGGGGGCAACAGCCUAUUAAAGAGGAAGAGGAGGAGCCACAGUCCCCUUACAUUAAAGAGGAAGAGGAGGAGCCAGAGCCCCACUUUGUUAAAGUACAGGUAGAAGAGGACAAUCUUUCAAUGCGUCAGCAGGGAGAGUGUCUUCUAGGGCCAGAGAAGACUGAUCUCUCCAGGUUGCCACUGACUGGUGUCUCUGUGAAGACCCAAGACCAUGAAGACAAACCACCCGAGUCCUCUCAGCUUCAUCAUCAUCCAACAUCACAAGCAGACAACCUCUUAGCUCCACUGUCAGAUAGUGACAACACAACGUCUCACUCUCCUGAAGAUGAAGACAGGGACUACAACCAAGAAUCUGUGAGCAGCGAUACAGACUGUGAAGGUGAUAUGACGACUCAAACUGACAACAAACACUCUGAAUGCUCUAAAAAGAAGGCAGAUAAAUGUUUUAACUGCUCAGUUUGUGAUAAAAGUUUUUUUUGUAAGGGUUAUUUGACUCGACACAUGAGAACACACACAGGAGAAAAACCGUUUACUUGCUCAGACUGUGGUAAAAGUUUUGCACGAACAGCACAUUUGGUAUCGCAUAUGAGAAUACACACAGGAGAAAAACCUUAUAGUUGCUCAGACUGUGGUAAACGCUUCACUCAAAAGGUAAGUAUGUUAUCUCACAUGAGAACACACACACAAGAAAAACCUUUUAGUUGCUCAGUCUGCGGUAAAAGCUUCAAUCACAAGUUCAGUAUGGUAGAACACAUGAGAACACACACGGGCGAACAACGUUUUAGUUGCUCAGACUGUGGUAAAAGCUUCACUAAGAAGUCUAAUAUGGUAGAACACAUGAGAACACACACAGGAGAAAAACCUUUUACCUGCUCAGACUGUGGUAAAAGCUUCACUAAAAAGUCAAGUAUGUUAUUACACAUGAGAACGCAUUCAGGAGAAAAACCUUUUACCUGCUCAGACUGUGGUAAAAGUUUAGCACACAAGUUUAGUUUGGAAUUGCAUAUGAGAACACACACAGGAGAAAAACCUUUUACCUGCUCAUACUGUGGUAAAAGCUUCACUCAAAAAACAAAUGUGGUAAAACACAUGAGAACACACACGGGAGAAAAACGUUUUAGUUGCUCAGACUGUGGUAAACGUUUCACUGAAAAAACAAAUGUGGUAAAACACAUGAGAACACACGCAGGACAGAUGUUUUAGUUGCUCAAAUUGUGGUUACACAUUUAGUCGGGAGUCCUCUUUGAAAGGACUCACUGAUGGUCCACUGUAGUUAAAGGUAUUUUAUUUGACUGUAUGCCGUAAUUAUUAAAUGCUGUAACUGAGGCCCUUCUCAAUCCCACUGACAUACCUUCCAUAGAGGAAGCAGAGUCUGAGGACCCAAACGUGGACAGUUCCAUCAUCGUGGCUGAGGUACCUGGGGUAGUCAAAAUGCUCCCCAGUGGCAAAGCUCUGGGAGUGGACGAGUUUCGCCCCCGAAUUCCUCAAGGCUCUGGAUGUUGAAGGACUGUGUUGGCAGACACAUCUCUUCAACAUUGUGUGGAAGUCGGGAACAGUACCUCUGGAUUGGCAGACCUUUUCAAAAAGGGUGACCAGAGGGUGUGUUUGAAUAUAGGGGGAUCACACUUGUCAGCCUCCCUGGGAAAGUCUAUUCCAGGGUGCUGGAGAGAAGGGUACGACCGUUAGUUGAACCUCUGCUACAGGUGCAAUGUGGUUUUGGUCCUGGUUUUGCAACACUGGACUGCUCGUCACCCUCUCAAGGGUACUGGAGGGUACUUGGGAGUUUGCCCAACAGGUCUACAUGUGCUUUGUGGACUUGGAAAAGGCAUUGGACCAUGUCCCUCGCGGUGUCCUGUGGUGGGUGCUCCAGGAGUAUGGGAUUGGUGGUGCUACUAGUCGGUCCUUGUACAACCGGAGCAGGAGCCUGGUUGGCAUUGCCAGCAGUAAGUCAAGCCUGUUUCCGGUGAACGUCGGCCUCUGCCAAGGCUGCCCUUUGUCACUGAUUCUGUUCAUAAUUUUCAUGGACAGAAUUUCUAGGCGCAGCCAAGGUGUCGAGGGAGUCCAGUUCAGUGGCCUUAGGAUCGUCUCUGCUAUUUGCUAUUUGGUCCUGAUGGCCUCAUAGGGCUGUGACCUUCGGCGUUUACUGGGACGGUUUGCAUCUGAGUGUGGAGCUUCUGGGAUGAGACUCAGCACCUCCAAAUCUGAGGCCAUGGUUCUCAGUCGGAAAAGGGUGGAUUGCUCCCUCCCGGUUGGGAAUGAGGUCCUGCCCCAGGUAGAGAAGUUUAAGUAUCUCGGGGUCUUGUUCAUGAGUGAGGGAAGGUUGGAGCGUGAGGUCGAUAGGCGGAUCGGCGCAGCUGGCCUGGGAAAUCCUUGGCAUCCUCCCGGUGGAGCUGGAGGAGGUGGCCGGGGACCGGGAAGUCUGGUCUUUCUUACUGAGACUGCUGCCCCCGCGACCCGGACCCGGAUAAGCAGAGGAAAAUGGAUGGAUGUAACUGAUGAAGUCACUUCCUGUUCAGUUACAUCCAGAUUCAUUCCGGAAAGUAGUGAUUUGAUUCCUUUUACUUUUACUUGAAUAUUAUUCACUCACUGAAGUCAAUUGGGUACUCCAGUCACCCGUCACAGACCGCGUGGUUUGAUUCGAUUUUGCGCAAACGAUUGUAUGUAAUGAAAGGAAAUAAUGAUAUUAUUUUGUUAUUGUUACAUUGUCUUAUUAUUUUAUUUGAAAUUCAGGGUUUCUGCUUCAUGUAAUGGAUUGUGGUCUCGCGCCACAGUCAAAUAAAAAGCCACCACACCUUGGAAAACAAUGUUAAGUAAUACAUUGUAUGAAUGGACAUACACGCUAUAUCGGGGUGCCCAUUACGGUGAAAGUCAGUUCUUUGAUUGCUGCGCUUGAGGUCAUGAAUUCUACUAUAGAAAUGUGUGUUUUCUCCAAGUUUGUUUGUCAAACGACUAUUUCACGAAUUGGAAAAUGUGCCCAUUGCUGAAAUGUUGCCUUGACUUCAGCUUCGUUGUCUUUUGUACAAUCCUUUUCGUUUCUUGUAUACAAUAACUAUAGUGUUUGAUAGCAAAUGCCAACUGGACGUAAUGCAUGAAGUGUGUGUAUAAUGAACGCUACGUCGCUAUUUUCUCUCAUCCCCCACGCCCUCCGCCCAACCGUAGUAGAAAUUUUUAGUUAGCACCGGUGGAAAAAGGAAAUAAACUACUCAAUGACUGAUCUGUCUUUUUGGGUAUUUAUUCUGCAGAAUGGGAAGAUAGUUGAAACUCUGCCGCAAGUACUGCCCCACCUUUUUGGUUUUGUUUUGUUUACAUCUGACUCAGAUCCACUAAUCGUGGCUUUAAAAUAAAGCUACACAUCUUCCAGUUGUACUUUCCAUUCUUUUGCGUGUUCAUCUAUUUUGUCCACUUUAACCUUUAUUGCUUUUGUAAGUGAACUCCGACAUCUUUCCCUAACUGACCCUACCAGUUACCAAUUACUUUCUUCUAAUUUUUUGGCCCACCCAUGGUGUUUUUUCUCCUUUUUUUUGUUAGUUUUACUAUUUUUGUCAUUCAUUCACAUACACAACGUCUUUCACUUAUACUUUUAGAGGAAUUUCACCUCAAGUUCCGCAACCUCCAAUUGGUACUUUCGAGGACUGUAACUCUGGGGACUCCAACCCUGUUUAAGAAGUAUUUCAAGUUCUAAGGUCCGCAACCUCAGAUUGGUACUUUGGAGGAUCCUAACCCCGGGGACGCCAAUCCUGUCUAAGAAGUAUUUCACUUUGUAAGGUCCGCAUGACUCCUCAUGACUCUUUAAGGACGUCAACACAAGUAUUGAGGAAUCAUGUGUAAUAAUCUUUAUUGACAUAUUGAUUUGAAUUGUGAAUUACUGGUAUCAACUAUUUUGAAACUGUGAAUGUGAAAUACUAAUCAUUAGUAUUUAGUAAAGUAGUUGCAGAGUUUACCGCUUGGGAGAAACCCUGAUAUCAGCGCGUCAUGCUCUAAAAUGGACUUGCAAAUAAAAUGUUGAUGCUUCAGUCAUUUGAGACAACGUUUGUCUGUUGAAACUAUGACCGAUUGUAAACGGAGCCAUCUGUGAAUUGUGAAGAAACUUUUCAUUUUUAUAGUAGUUCUUAAUAAUGAUUGGCAGUUUUUAAUGGUUUUGUUAUUUUUAUUAAUUUCUUUAUUAAAUACUGUUUUCACGUGUUUUCUAUGAUUUUGUCUGCUGUUUUUUUCUGUAGUUGUAGCUUAGCUUAGCUAUUUUGUAAAUCACCCUGGUACGUCAGUAUACUUUAGGGUGUAAAGUAAGUAAAUGACUUUAAUUUAUUAAACAAAUGAAUAAAUACAUCAUAAAUUAAAAUAAAUAAAUUACUCAUUGAAAUAAUAAUUAAAUGUCUUAUAUUCUUUAUGCUGAUAUGAAAUACCCCCGCAACUCCAGUGUGGACAAGCAGCAGUGAAAAUGGAUGAAUGAUAUGAAGUACACUACUUUUAAACAUUUACCAGGCACAUGAGGUGAAUUUGCAUGAAGUACGGGAUCGGUAUCAGCGAGACCAUCCUGAAUUGAACUCGGUAUGGAAAUGAAAACGAAAUCAGUGGUAUCAUUUUAUUUUCAAAAGACCAGCCGAGUAACCAUCAGGGAAUUGAAAACUUGUUCCUAUCUUUACAGUAUCACUUUAUACUUCUACAAUUGUGCAGUAAGGGAUGCGCAAAUGACGAUUGGUUAAUAGAAUUUAGUUUUUUUUAUAACUUUUUUGUAACUUCGCACUGCCUGCACUGGGGCUUGCACACACAACCUUCGCAAUGGGAGAGGAGACUGCCCGGACUGUCGAUCGCGUGUUCAGCGUUCUUAAGGCAGAGGGAGUGAGGUUUACGCAUACACGUGUGUGAGCAUUACAUAUAUAUAUCUAUAGAAUAUAGAUAUAGACAUACGUAUAUAGAUACAGUCAAACUUGUUUAUAGCGGCCACUAGAGGGAGACUGCAAAAGUGGCCGCUAUAGACAGGUGGCCUCUAUAGACAGGUUGGCGUCCAGUUUGAAUGUUGACCAGUAGAGAAAAAAAAAGAUAAUAAUAAUGUUGACCAGUAGAGGGCACUGCGGACUGCGGAUAAAAGUUGUACAGCACUACUAGGCUUGUUAUUAUCAUGGUUCAUGGUUCAUGGUUUUAAUCCUGAACAUGCAUAUGAGUCAAACAGUAGCACAUCACAUAGUACAAUUCACAAUUUUGCAUGUCCAAAAAGGAGUAGGAAGAAGCAAAGCUUAUUUAAUCCUACCCCUCAUCAGUUUCACAUCAGUUGCAAUACAUUUAUUCACCUCUUGUUCUUCCAAGUGUACUUUGUAGGUCUACAUGACAAUGUAGUGCAAUCAUAGCCAAGGUUUUUACUUACUAAAAGGAAGCUAGAGGCUUAAUAAUAACUGAUAGAAUAUAUCCACCACCCACAGAACAAAGCUGUGCUAGUAAUGUCUUACGCUUGUUUUUUAUAUUUUACUUUUUAUACGGCAGAGUGUCAUUACAGCUUUAGUUCAUCAGGAAGUGACGGGAAGUGACGGUGGGCGUCCCGAGCAGGAGAGCUAGGCUCAGUGCUAGCUGUGAGUUUGGAGAGAGUUGGGAAGUGUGUUUAUGUUGGCGUGGAUGUAAAGUCCUGCAGUGUUCUCCGCUGUUAAUAAAGCCAUUAAAGGGCAUCGGCGACGUGAGUCUCUCCUUCCCCACAACAAGCGGCAUUACAGUAUUGACCAGUGCACACCAGGAAAUAAACGGUGUCAUUUCUUACAGGCAUUGGCUGGACAGCUAUGUAGUGGGGCUUGUUUAACCUUUGCCUUGUGGGCAAGCAGGAAGGAGAGACGAUGCUGAGAGAUGUGUGUGUGUUCUGAGCUGCUGUCUGGUGGCCGCAUUCAAUAAAUAAAGUUGGCAGAAGCAACAGGAGAAGUUUCCUUCUUUGCUUCGGAGCUGAAUAACACUGACAAGUUAACAGACUAGUAGCGAACGCAAAAGAAGACGGCUUUGUUUGUGUCGAAUACAGAAGCUGAGGACUUUGAUGGAUUUGUGGAUGAGGAUUGAUGAAAAAUAACGUGAGUACAUUCUAAAAUACUUCAAUUAAGUACAACCAAACUCAGUUUUGCUCCCGCUGUAGAAGGUCCUCAACCCCUCAGCAGGACCGAUACCUGCUCGUUUGUGCAAGGCGGAAUAGGAUGAGCACUGCUCGUGCCCUACAGAAUGACCUCCAGAGGGCCACUGGUGUGAAUGCUUCUACCCAAACAAUCAGGAACAGACUUCAUGAGGGUGGCCUGAGGGCCCGACGUCCUGCAGUGGGCCCUGUGCUCACUGCCCAGCACCGUAGAGCUCCAUUGGCAUUUGCCAUAGACCACCAGAAUUGGCAACUACACCACUGGUGCCCUGUGCUCUUCCCUGAUGAGAGCAAGUUCAACCUGAGCACAUGCGACAGACGUGAAAGAGUCUGGAGAUGCCGUGGAGAACGUUAUGCUGCCUGCAACAUCAUUCAGCAUGACCGCUUUGGUGGUGGGUCAGUGAUGGUCUGGGGAGGCAUAUCCCUGGAAGGACGCACAGACCUCUACAGGUUAGAUAACGGCACCCUGACUGCUAUUAGGUAUCGGGAUGAAAUCCUUGGACCCAUUGUCAGAACCUACGCUGGUGCAGUGGGACCUGGGUUCCUCCUGGUCCACGACAAUGCCCGACCUCAUGUGGCUAGUGUAUGCAGGUAGUUCCUGGAGGAUGAAGGAAUUGAUACCAUUGACUGGCCCCCACGUUCACCUGACCUAAACCCAAUAGAACACCUCUGGGACAUUAUGUUUAGGUCCAUCCGGCACCACCAGGUUGCUCCUCAGACUGUCCAGGAGCUCAUGGAUGCCCUGGUCCAGAUCUGGGAGGAGAUCCCCCAGGACACCAUCCGUAGUCUCAUUAGGAGCAUGCCCCCACGUUGUCAGGCAUGCGUACAAGCACGUGGGGGCCACACAAACUACUGAGAAUCAUUUUGAGUUGCUACAAUGACAUUUUAGCCAAAUGGACCAGUGUGCUGCAUCAUUUUUUCACUUUCAUUUUUGGGGUGUCUUUGAUUUCCCCCCUCUAUAGGGUGAUCAUUUUCAUUUCUAUCAAAUGAUGUGGCAUCAUUUUGUUACUAAUACAUCACCCACUUAUUAUCAGGAAACAUAUUCAACAUCAUUUUUACCCCAGUUUAGAUCUGAUGUGUUUUCCAAGUGUUCCUCUCAUUUUUUUGAGCAGUGUGUAUAUAUAUAUAUAUAUAGAGAGAGAGAGAGAGAGAGAGAGAGAGAAAAUGAAAAUGAAAAUGAAUUAGGGAGCCCUAUAAACUCCUCAACUUUAGCUCCUGACACCAGUUUUG